CUGAGAGCCCUUUGCCGUGUGCAAACGGUCCUAAUGGUCACGCCACUUUCAAACCUCCUCGAGAGCAGCUGCCGCCAGAAGGAGAGGAGGAGGAAGCAUCUACGUCGAGGCGACCGAGCUUAGAAGAGCGCAGUAUUGUGUCAUUGUGUGUCAACUCCAGCAGCUAAAAAUAGACGGGGCUAAAUUACAGGGACCUCCAUCAACAUCGCCGAGCCCUGGAAACACAACACGCGAAGCCAACAAUGGCUAUUUAUAACAUCUCACCUUUCUCUCUCCUCCCCUCCUUAGUUCCCUUAGCGCGUGCCGGCCGCCUCCGCUCAUCGUCGUGCACCAUGCCAACUCCGAGAAGACGAUCUUGCAAGGAAAGCGCAUGCAAGAACGUCGUCACAUAUAUAGAGGAGUAGCAGCCAGCAAGAGGUGGAAUCGACGGCUUGAUCCCGAGACCGACCGAGACCAGCUGCAAAAGCUCCUAGCUAGCGCAUUGGCCGCCGGAGUGGGCUGCAGUGCAGUACAGGUGGAUCGCAUGCGAGGAGGAUGCGAGUGCUGGAGGAGGACCUGUACCCGUCGACGCCGGGGAAGGUGAAGGUGGAGCGGGCGGGGGCGAUGAGCCGGUACCUGCACCGUUGCUUCGCGUCCACGGGGACCAUGUUCCUGUGGGCGCUCUUCCUGGUGGCCAUGACGGCCACGUACCUGAGCGUCCACUCCAUCGUGGACACCUCCUCCCGCUACUUCGCGGCGUCCUGGGGCGGGCUGCACUGGGAGCGGCAGAUCCGGGCGUCGGCGUCGCCGCGGCGGCCGCCGGGGUCCGCGGAGGGCGCCGGGCUGUCCGUGCUCGUCACGGGCGCCGCCGGCUUCGUGGGCACGCACUGCUCGCUGGCGCUGCGCAAGCGCGGCGACGGCGUCCUGGGCCUCGACAACUUCAACUCCUACUACGACCCCUCGCUGAAGAAGGCCCGGCGCGCGCUGCUGGGCUCCCACGGCGUGUUCGUGGUGGAGGGCGACAUCAACGACGGCCGCCUCCUGGCCAAGCUCUUCGACGUGGUGCCCUUCACCCACGUGCUCCACCUCGCGGCGCAGGCCGGCGUGCGCUACGCCAUGGAGAACCCGGCGUCGUACGUGCACUCCAACAUCGCCGGCCUCGUGUCCCUCCUCGAGGCCUGCAAGGACGCCGACCCGCAGCCGGCCGUCGUGUGGGCGUCCUCCUCCUCCGUCUACGGCCUCAACGACCGCGUCCCCUUCUCGGAGGCGCACCGCACCGACCGGCCUGCGUCGCUGUACGCCGCCACCAAGAAGGCCGGCGAGGAGAUCACCCACACCUACAACCACAUCUACGGCCUCUCCGUCACCGGCCUCCGCUUCUUCACCGUGUACGGUCCGUGGGGGCGCCCCGACAUGGCCUACUUCUCCUUCACCCGCAACAUCCUCCAGGGGAAGCCCAUCACGGUGUACAGGGGCAGGGACCGCGUCGACCUCGCCCGGGACUUCACCUACAUCGACGACAUCGUGCGCGGCUGCCUGGCGUCGCUGGACACGGCGGGCCGGAGCACCGGCACCGGCGGCAAGAAGCGCGGCCCGGCGCCGUACCGGAUCUUCAACCUGGGGAACACGUCGCCCGUCACGGUGCCCACGCUGGUGUCCAUCCUGGAGAGGUACCUGCGGGUGAAGGCCAAGAAGAACGUGGUGGAGAUGCCCGGCAAUGGCGACGUGCCCUACACGCACGCAAACAUCAGCCUGGCCCGGGAGCAGCUCGGCUACAAGCCCACGACGAGCCUGGAGAUGGGGUUGAAGAAGUUCGUCAGGUGGUACCUCUCCUACUACGGAUACAACCGUGGGACGCAUACCUUCAGGAACUCAUGAUGUCGCUCGUGCCUUCCACUCUCGUCUGGGUCCACACAAGUUGUGGGGGAAAUUGUGUUGACUGGCUGUUGUAGUUGGGUUAGGACAGAAGAGGAGGGGACGGCGACAGAACGAUCAAACGGAGGGCCGGCUUUUUAAAGAUUUCUUUCGAGCUUC